AGCUUCCUUUUUGUGACAGUCAUGUAGAAGGAAACCUGUGUUCUCUGAAUGGCUGAACAGCACAAACUGGAAAAUGACAGCAACAGCUCUGAUGAUUUUUUGUUGGACUUGUCCAUUUUCACCUCACAGGCUUCUGUCAAAGAGGAAGUAGACCAAAAUCUGUGGGCCAGACCUCUUGCAAGAAAAUGGACUAGUAUGCUCUUCUUGGGCACUUGCCUCCUGUAUUGUGCCAGGAUGGCAAUGCCUAUCUGUGCUGUCUCCAUGGCUGCCGGUUUUGGCUGGAGUAAGAUCGAUACAGGCUUGGUUCUGGGUGGAUUCUUCUGGGGUUACUGUGGUACACAAGUCCUGGGAGGACAUGCCAGUGACAGACUCGGAGGGGAGCGCGUGUUGUUGCUCUCUACUGCAUUGUGGACUCUGAUCACAGCUGCUACGCCUCUUCUGGCCAAAGUAAGCACUCACAGCCUCCUCCUCAUGACUUUGGCCAGAUUGCUUAUGGGGCUGGUGCAGGGUGUUUACUUCCCCUCUCUGGCCAGCCUGUGCUCACAACGUGUCGUGGAGAGUGAGAGGGGGUUUUUGAUGAGCAGCAUGUACAGCGGAUGCUAUUUAGGAACUGUGUUGGCAGGUGGGCUGGGCUCCCUGAUGUUGGAGGGGAACGGAUGGGAAAGCAUCUUUUACUGCACUGGUUUAAUGUCUGGACUGUGGGCGCUUGUUGUUUGGCAGUGUUUAAUGAAAGGCCGAGCUUUGCCCACAUCAGUGAAAUCCAUGAAUGAAUCGCACUGGAAUUUGGCGAGGAUCCAGCUGUGGCUGAGUUUUCUUCAGAGAACUCCUGUGUGGGCCAUGGUCUGUGCUCACAUGUGUAUGACCAGCACCAAUUACACUUUGCUGGUGUGGUUGCCAACAUACUUCCAUGAAUCCUUUCCGAAUGCCACCGGAUGGAGUUAUAACAUAAUUCCUUGGCUUCUUGCAAUCCCAUCAGCGCUGAGUGGAGGAUGUGUUUCAGAUUUUCUCAUCUCUAACGGAUAUGGUGUUUCACAUGUUAGAAAGAUAAUGCAGUUCCUUGCCAUGGGAAUGUCGAGUAUGUUCCUUGUGCUGCUGUCUGGGGUCGAUUCUUUUCCGUUGGCUGUGGCAAUCAUCUCCGUGGCUCUGAGUUUCACGACAUUCAGUAUCAGUGGUGUGUGUGUGAAUGUGCAGGAUCUCACACCAUCAUGUGCUGGCGCUCUCUUUGGUUUUAUGAAUACAAUCGGUGCUUUCAUGGGACUGGUGCUCAUCUCGUUGUCAGGCUACUUGAUUGAGGUCACACAGUCGUGGUCCUCGGUGUUCUCCCUCAUCGUUUUAGUUAAUGUCACAGGCCUCGCUAUCUUCCUGGUCUUUGGUGAUGCUCAUCGUGUCGACCUGAAUCACUGCAACCAAACCAAGAAUAUUAGAUGAAAUGGGUCAUUUUACACCUCCAUGCAUCGUCAUUUAAAAGGUUAUUGUUAGCAGUUGACAUAUUUUUGCUCAAACUGCUCAUGCAUUUUGUGGUGUGAAAUAGUCAGGUAUGCAUUUGGACUAUUUGCUACUGCAUACCACCGCAGUGGAGCUGAAUUUAAACAAGAUGUGACUGUUUAGUAAUUAGUCAUAUUUAUUCAUAGUCCCAGUACAGUCAGUUUUAUUUAGACAAGUCAGGGAAUGGCUACAUGAACACUGAUUAGACUUUUGACUUUGACUUUGGUCAUUGAUUCAUUAUAACAUUGAUUACUUGUUGCCUUCAGUGGUUUUGAUGGUAGAAACUCUGCAUCGUCCAACGUUUGCGUGUUGCACCACCCGUCACAGUUUCAUGGUGGACUUGGACAGAGAAUGAUUCAUAAAAGAAAUCUGAUCUCGUCUUGUCUCCCACUUGCCUUUUUGCAAAAUGUAGCUGAAAUUUCACCACUUAAGAAAAUCCUUCAGUAGUCCACUCCACCACAAACCUGUACAAAUGGUGAUGCAACAGAAAAAGGUGCACUAUGCAGUUUCUCCAGUCAUGACCACAGACACCUAUAUCUCCUUCAGAGUUCUCACAGGUGUCACUAGUCUCCUUUUCAUGGCCACUCCAGACAGAUUCACAGUUUUGCAUUUCUUAAUGAUUAAAAUUAGUGAUCUGGAAAUGUUUAUCUGUCCAUCCUGUGACUUGUGUAAUGAAAACUGACUGUAAAGGUGAAGAUUUGUGUUAAUAACAAUCUAUGCAUUUAGCUUGUCCAAUUACUUAUGGUCUCUGAAAACAGAGAGACUACACACAUAUACAAAUAGCUAUAUUUCCAAAUGGUUAAUGCAACAGUUAUGUUAAAGCUAUUGAAUUAAAGAUAAGUCUUGUGGUGGUGUACAGAGACAAAAUUGCAAAAACUCUAAAUAGCCAAAUACUUAUGGACCUGAUUUUUUUCUGUGAAGGCUCGUUUUUCAUAGUAGAGAAGCUUGAAUCUUCGACUGGA